AUAGCCUCUAUGGUCGGAGGUCAUGGGUGUGAUUGAGGAUGGAGUUGUAAGCGCCUGCGUGAGCCGGACCCGCUUAGGCCGCUCCUGCCACCCUCGGCGACAGCACGGUCCUAUGUGUUGAGCGGUACCGGCUGGAGAAGCUGAGGAAGGCGGCGGCACGAGUGGCGGCGGCGGCGGGCGCAGCAGUAGCUGGCGCCCCGCCCUCUCCCCCUCCGUUAGUGCCGCCGCGGCGCCGCCGUGAGGGGCCGGUCCGCCGCCUCCCCCUUCCCCGCUCCCAACCGCGCCGCUGGCUCCCCUGGGGUACUGCAUCGGCAAAUGGUUGGGCCGGAGGAUGCCGGAGCUCAGGGCGGCGCAGCCUUGCUUCCCUCGGGCCGGGAGGAGGAGGAGGCGGAGACGGCGGCGGCGGAGGACGACGACGACGACGACGCGGAAGCGGACGGAGAGCGGGAUGGGAGCCGAGAGGGCUCCGGGGCCCGGCUGCAGCGCUACUUGGCUGGCAAGAGGCCGCCCAACGGAGACGCCUGCGGUGCAGGGAGGAUGACCAACGGGGACGCUGGCUUUCUGUUGCUGCCGCCGUCGCAGGAGGGUCCGCCACCGAGCUGCGAAGAGCCAGCGACUUCGGGGCGCAGGGAGGACAAGCUCCUCAACGGUGGCUGCGCCUUUUUCCUCACGGGCUCCCAGAGCGGGGUGGCUCUGGAGGAGCCGCUGAAAAGCUGCAGCCUAGCGGGGACUGCCGCAACAUCUGCAGCCAUGUCACCGUCUCCCUCUUGCUCCUCCUCCUCGGGGAGCCCUUCGCCGGCUUCCGAGGAGGCAGGGAGCUUGUCCUCGCCGGCGCGGGCGCUCCCUUGCCUGCCCUCCCUGGCUUUCAUGGACAUCAACCUCAAUUCCCGCAAUACCUUCGAGGUGAGUCGCCGCCGCAGCGCCCCGGAACAUUUGCAGCCGCAGCAGUCGCAACAGCCGCCCACCCUCGCCUCCACCGACAGCGCCAGUGCAGCUACCGCCUGCCCUGAGGAUGGGGAUCGGGCCAAACGGCUAGGCAUCAUCGCUGGCUCUAGCUUCGCCGAAUUCUUCACGAGGAAUUUCUUUACCAAAAGGACAAAGGAACUCAAACCUACUGUCCACAGUGCUCCUGGCUGGAAGUUAUUUGGAAAGGUCCCACCAAAAGAAAACCUACAGAAAGAUUCCAAAAUAAUUCAACAGGAUGAAAGUUCUGGCAGUGUUGAAUCAGUAUCUACACUCAAUCUAUUAAACACAGUGGAGUAUGAAGCACGAACAGGAAAGGUGUGUAAACCUGCACCCCAAGCCACAAGACGUAGAUACUUUGAAUUUGAGCCACUUUCAACUACUGCUCUCAUUCUGGAGGAUCGACCAUCGAACCUUCCUGCCAAAUCUGUAGAAGAGGCUUUACGUCACAGACAAGAAUAUGAUGAAAUGGUGGCAGAAGCAAAAAAGAGAGGUACACACACAUCAUCACUACACUUGGGGCAACAAAGCAUGCAAAGAAUACUGCACGAGUUCAAGUUCCAUCCCUACAAAUUGCAGAACUCAAUCCCAAUGACCACAUGUUGCAUCAACAGUUUUGUGAACAAUUCCUGGCUAAAUAAUGUUUUGAUCUCUGUAGAUGCUGGAGUAUCAAUCGCUGACCGGGAGGCUAGUUUGGAGCUAAUAAAAUUGGAUAUAUCACGCACAUUUCCAUCCCUUUAUAUUUUUCAGAAGGGUGGCCCUUAUCAUGAUCUUUUGCACAGUGUCUUGGGAGCAUAUACAUGUUACCGACCUGAUGUAGGAUACGUCCAGGGAAUGUCCUUCAUUGCUGCAGUCCUCAUUCUCAAUUUGGAAGAGGCAGAUGCUUUCAUUGCCUUUGCAAACCUCCUGAAUAAGCCAUGCCAGCUGGCCUUUUUCCGUGUGGAUCACAGCAUGAUGCUAAAGUACUUUGCAGCAUUUGAAGUAUUUUUUGAGGAAAACCUCCCCAAAUUGUUCCAUCAUUUUAAAUCCUAUAAUCUUACCCCUGACAUAUACUUGAUAGAUUGGAUCUUCACCCUGUACAGCAAGUCUCUACCACUUGAUCUGGCCUGUCGAGUCUGGGAUGUCUUUUGUAGAGAUGGAGAAGAAUUUUUGUUCAGAACUGGGUUAGGAAUUCUUAGAUUAUAUGAAGAUAUCCUCCUGCAGAUGGACUUCAUUCAUAUAGCACAGUUUUUAACAAAGCUACCUGAAGAUAUCACCUCGGAGAAGCUCUUCACUUGUAUUACAUCUGUUCAGAUGCAGAACAGUAACAAAAAGUGGGCUCAGGUGUUUGCCUCGUUAAUGAAGGAUAACAAAGAAGGAGACAAGAACCAUAGUCCAGCACUAAAAAGUUAACUUCAAGUUUAAUGAAAUAACAAAAACCACUUGGGUGUUUAAAGGAUUCCAACCACCUUUUCAGUGAAAACCACUAAGAAGAAACAGCCUGGGAGACCUAGGAAAGAGACAGUAUUUGACUGAAUGCAGUAUGGAAUUCAAUAAUUUUCAUUCUGCUGCCAGUAUUAAAGAAUAUUUGUGGGAAGAUUCCUUUUCCCAGGAAGCAGAACAAUAAAAAAAUCUUGUGAAACUGAGAAAGUGACUAAGGCAUAUUUAAUAUUUAAAGUUGAAUGCAAUAAAAUUUGUAAUAACUUUUGUUGGUACUUAAAAUUUUGAGGGAUACCUUUUUUAUGAUUACCACAAAGGCACUUUUGGGAGGAGGGCUGGUGUUUAAAGUAAGGCCCAAAAACUGCUACCUGAACCAAACAUUUUGGUACAAAUACCUCCAAAAUUAAUCAGUGAAAUCUUUAGGACCAAAUAAGUUUUUUGUCUUGGUAUACAUGCUUGCCAGAUAACAGGAGGCUUUGUGUGUCUUGCUGUGCUCCUUUGAAACUGCAGCUUCACUCUUCAGCUAAUAGAAUGUAAGGUAGAAAAGAGAAAGCUGCACCUAGUCUUGCCACAGUCAUUGGCAAAAGGCGUUUGGCCUAAAGGUGGCAGUGGUCAUGCAUGACAUUUGGACAGUGUGCUUAUAAAAGCAACUUGAUAGGUUUCCAUAAUUUUGCUAGGUGGGUAGCUUGCUUACAGGAAAAAUGGAUUUCUGUUCCAUGAAAAUCAGAUGAAUCUUUUCCUUGUUUUUUUAAUCAAAGUGACUUAUACUUGAGAAACACUAGUAAAAUUAAUAAGCUAGUGACAGUCCUUUUGCACAUUUUAAGCAGUUAAUGUUAAAGGUUUUGAGUCCCUGAAUAUUAAACUUUUUUCUCCUUUGAAUUCAAAGUUCAAUAGCUUUGAACUGCAGUGUGUAAUAAUGAAUACUCCAAGUGCAUAUUGUCAAUUCAUUAUCUUAUGUCAGCACCAUACUGUAAAGGUAACAGGAAGUUCCUCAACUUCUUUCACACUCCAAAACAUUUUAAAAUGACUUGGGAACUGGAGGGGGAUGGAAAGGAUACCUCUUAAACUAAAAUAGGCAUCCUGGGAUUCUCCAGAUAUUUUGGACUACAGUUCUCACAGUUCCUGGCCAUUCACAUUGCCUAUUGAGGCCAAUGGCUGUUGUAGUCCAAAGCAUCUGGAGGGUCCUUGCCUAAUCCAAGCUCCCUGAGCAGCUAAUGCUUGUUCUUUCUAAGUCCAUUUGAUAGUAUUAAUGUACAUAAAAUUGAUUUUUUUGUACCUGGUCCCUGUAUGUGUAAAUGAAAUCAAAAUUUAUCAGUGCAUUAAAAAAGAGUGAGAUUGCUUUGGUUGUCAAGUGUUAAGAGAAGUUGCAGAACCUAUUUUAAAGAUUUGGGUUACAGUAUGUUGUAAUAUUUAUGUUAUCAGAUUUAAAACUAUACUUUAAUAUUACUUACAACAUACAAUUUGAAGUUAAAAUGUCUUUUUUUGCUUAUGUAUUUACUUACUUGGUUCCAGUGUAUGUCCUCUAUUUGGGUUCUCUUGUACAGUUUUCUUACUUUUCAAGUAUAUACAUGUAUAUAAUUGUAAAUAAGGGAUUUAGCCUUCAUCCAGGACCACUAGUGACAGUUCCUAUGUAAAUAAAACUUGUAAGCAGAAUGAA